ACGCCAACUCCACUGAAUUCGACCCCGACACAAAGCAUCCUGUGGUGAUCGACAUGCCCGAACACAACCCGGGUCAGAUGGGCGGCACCAUGCGGCUCGGGAAGAGACGCACCAUCUUCAUGACCAACAACAGCGUGCUGCGAAAACUCUACGGAGACGCAGAAUAUGUGGGACGAGAGGCACAGACACCGCUUUGAGGUGAAUCCGGAGCUGAAGAGCCACUUUGAGGAGAGAGGUUUCCGCUUCGUGGGUCAGGACGUGGAGGGAGAGAGGAUGGAGGUCAUCGAGCUCGACGAUCAUCCGUACUUCGUGGGGGUUCAGUACCACCCAGAGUUCACCUCCCGCCCCAUCAAGCCCUCCCCCCCGUACCUGGGGCUGCUGCUGGCUGCCGCCGGGAAGCUGCCGGGGUAUUUAGUGAAGGGCUGCCGGCUAUCACCACGCGACACGUACAGCGACCGCAGCGGCAGCAGCAGUCCAGACUCAGAGAUCUCAGAACUCAAAAUGCCUUCACUCUCUAAUGAAUGACUUUGAGGAACAAAAUAAAAUGUUUGUGUUUUCAGAAGUGUCUUAAUGGACCUCCAGAUGGUUUGUGUCUGAAUGGACCUACAGAUGGUUUGUGUCUUAAUGGACCUCCAGAUGGUUUGUGUCUUAAUGGAGCUACAGAUGGUUUGGGGAAACUACAUUUUCAGUUUGAACAAACUGAAGCACACUAUAUCUUCAGUUGGACGGAUGACACCAAAGAUGGUUUCACGCCUGUUAGUUUUUUGUUUCAUAUCAACACGUUUUCAAACCUCACAUCAACACGUUUUCAAACCUCACCGCUGCCUCCUUCAGUUUGACAGUUUUGCAGCUCGGCACAUUGAAGAAUGAAUGACAAUAAAGUGAUGAGCGAUAUUUCUUUACUAUGAGGACCUGUGCACCUGAUGAAAUAAAAAGAACUGAAUUAUGCACUAACA